UGACUCGCCCCUGUUUCCCACCGGAACGCGAAGGAAAAGGAACGGAAGCUAGUUUGGGGGACGUGUUUGGAAAAAGGACGCGCUGCUGGUUACUUUCUUAGUUUAUUUCUCGGCCAUGUUCCCUCAGGUGUCGGCGUUUCUACCUCUUCGCCCCCUCACCCGCCUCUCUUUCUCUUCUGGAAGUCCCGAGGCAUCGGCCGCUGCAAUUCUUCUUGCUGCUCCGCUCGGAACCGUCAGGACAAAAAAUAAUAUCCAAAGAUAUUUUGGCACUAGCAGUGUGAUCUAUAGCAAGAAAGAUGAGCAGUGUGUUCCAACUGGUGUGACUUCCGAGAAGACUUCAGAGAACCAAGACAGAGGAAAGGAGAAUACAAAAAAAAACUUGUUAGACAUUAUAAAGGACAUGAAAGUUGAAUUAAGCACAGCAAAUGUACAAACAACAAAGCCACCCAGCAAAAAAAAACUUAAAAGUUUGGAGACAAUUAGCAAGCUUCAAAGAGCUCCAGGAGGUGCUCCAAAGAAGAGUAAUGAGUCCCUGAGUCCUGAGUUGGUGGCAGCCGCAUCUGCGGUGGCAGAUUCUCUCCCUUUUGACAAGAAGACAACCAAGUCAGAGCUGCUUAGGCAGCUCCGUCAGCAUGAGGAAGACUCGAGGGCACAGAAAGAUAGAGAAAAACCUAAAAUUAGUUUCAGUUACAUAAUAUCAGAUAUGAAAAUUGCCAGAUCUGCUACAGCUAGAGUUAGUACAAGACCAGAGCAUCAGAUUCAGUUUGAUGAAGGUUCUGAUCAUUCUCUCUACCAGGAGAAGACAACUGAUCUUAAAAAAAGGAAAAAUUUAUUCAAGGGGAGAAGACUUAAUAUUUUUGACAUUGAAGCAUUUACUGAAAAAGCACCUGAAACAGAGACAUCACCUUCUCUUUGGGAUGUGGAAUUUGCUAAGCAACUAGCUACAGUAAAUGAACAGCCCUAUCAGAAUGGGUUUGAAGAGAUGAUCCAGUGGACAAAAGAGGGGAAACUCUGGGAGUUCCCAGUCAACAAUGAAGCAGGUUUUGAUGAUGAUGGUUCAGAAUUUCACGAACAUAUAUUUUUGGAUAAACACCUGGAGGAUUUUCCAAAACAAGGACCGAUUCGCCACUUCAUGGAGCUGGUGACUUGUGGCCUUUCCAAGAACCCGUAUCUGAGUGUUAAACAGAAGGUUGAGCACAUAGAGUGGUUUAGAAAUUAUUUUAAAGAAAAAAGGAACAUUUUAAAAGAAAAUAACAUACAGUUUAAUUAAGACAAUGGAAAUUUUUUAUUUCAAGCUGCUGGAGAUGGAUAUUAUAACUAAAUAAAAUAAUUUUACUAGAG